AUGUUCUCUGAGCACCAUGGAUGGGUACAGACGGGGAAUCUGAAGGCGGAUGUGCGACGCAGCUUCUCUUGCCCUGUGGCAGGAUGCAACUACCAGGCCGAAAUACACCGUUACUUGAUCGAUGAUCACCUGAGGGAGACACACGGUGAGCCGGCCAUCCAGUGCCCAUACAUAUUCAUGUCCGGUUCCACCUCGGCACAGUGCACAUACACUACGAUCUAUUAUACGUCAUUCAGAGGUCACCUGCGCUGGAAGCACGGCCAAUGCCUCGGGGACUAUGGUGGCAUGCGGGAGAUACUGGAGGCGCAACGGCGCCUGCAUGCACCCGAGCCAGCCCAUCCUGCUGGCGCAAAUCCGACGUUUACAUUAUCCACGACCGAGUGCAGUCGCAGCACGUGGGCAGAACCCAGGACGGGAACGGCUGACGCGAAGCCCAGUUGGCCUGCACUGGCGCCACAGAUCAACAAUAUGCUGUAUGCCCGGCCUGACAUCUCGGUUGACGCGUCGGUUAAAAUUGAGGACACGGCAUCCUCCACGAUACCGAUGUGGGGUGCCUUGGAGGGCGCUGCUCAUAGACAGCCCGUGCAUGCGAGUGGGCGUGCAAGCGGUGAGCUGCCAGUGCGAGGGAAUCCCGCCCUAGAAGGUUCCUAUACUCUGGAUUUGCCCGACAGGUGCGCUCAGGGAUCAGCGGCUGGCUGUAAUGGCAGCCUUUGA